GCCCGGCCCGGCCCGGCCCCGCAGCCCGCCCACCGCUUCCCCGGGGCCGCGGGGGCCCGCGCCGCCUUCCCCCGGCCGCCUUUAUAGGGCCAGGGGCAGCGGGGGGCCGCCGGGGCGUGCUGCGGUUUGAGGUUUGGUUUUGCUUUAGAAGUAACAGAGCAGUUGUUACCUCACAAUACCUACACACAAUUUUGAAUCCGAUAGUGUUGUUACAAAGAGGACUUCCCUGGAGAGGAGGUGGGAAGCUGAGACAGAGGGGGAAAUAUUCCUGCCAGCUAGCCUUGCACACCUGUUGGAGACGCUGUUUCUGUAAUCAAUAGGAAGGAGGAAAAUACAUUGACAUCUUCCAGGAAACAAGAGACUUUUCAUUCUGUAGUAACCAAUAAACAAGUGUGAAGCAUGAGGAUCAACUCUGCUCUUCAGGCUGCUAUUGACCUCACAGCAGGAGCUGCAGGUGGAACAGCAUGUGUGGUGACUGGCCAGCCCUUCGACACAGCGAAGGUGAAGAUGCAGACGUUCCCUGACAUGUACAAAGGGAUUGUCGACUGCUUUGUGAAAACCUACAAACAAGUGGGGUUUCGAGGCUUCUACAAGGGGACCUCGCCAGCACUGGUAGCCAACAUCGCAGAGAACUCCGUCCUGUUCAUGUGCUACGGGUUCUGCCAACAAAUUGUGAGAAAAAUUGUUGGAGUAGACAGGAAAACAAAGCUCAGUGAUCUGCAGAACGCCGCUGCAGGCUCCUUCGCCUCCGCCUUCGCCACCCUGGUCCUCUGCCCCACGGAGCUGGUGAAGUGCCGGCUGCAGGCCAUGCAUGAAAUGCAGCUGUCAGGAAAGAUAGUGCAGGGGCACAACACAGUUUGGUCAGUAGUGAAGAGUGUUAUCCAAAAGGAUGGUCCCCUUGGAUUUUACCGUGGCCUGUCAAGCACUUUGCUGCGGGAAGUCCCGGGAUAUUUCUUCUUCUUUGGAGGGUAUGAACUGAGCCGGACGUUCUUUGCCUCUGGGAGAUCAAAAGAUGAAUUAGGUCCCAUUCCCUUGCUGCUAAGUGGAGGUUUUGGAGGCAGCUGUCUGUGGAUCGCUGUGUAUCCCGUGGACUGUGUUAAAUCUAGAAUUCAGGUUCUCUCCAUGGCUGGGAAGCAGACGGGCUUUAUGGGAACAUUUGUAACUGUUGUGAGAACUGAAGGUGUGCUUGCCUUGUAUUCUGGACUGAAGCCAACUAUGAUCCGUGCAUUCCUGGCCAACGGGGCGCUGUUCCUGGCCUAUGAGUACAGCCGGAAACUUAUGAUGAAACAAGUAGAUUCCUACUGACACCUUUUAGCAAAGGGAGAACCACCUUUUAAAUGAUCAAAAACCUCUAGAUCACAUCGUGGUCUGAGCAGUGCCAGAUCAGUGACCUAAUUUUAAGAACUCAUUUCCAGUUUAGGAUUUGUAAUCUUCUAAAUUCAAGUGAUUUUUAUAGAGAUGUGUACAUGCUUCUUGAAUUGGACCAGCAGGAUCAUCUCCAGCUUGCAGAUUCUGCACUGGGUAUGUUGCAUGUCAGAAAUGUCUUUUCCUGCCUGUAAUGGUGCUAAAAAGACACCUUAACAUGUUGGUUUUAAUGGUACAUGCAGAAGGGGCUGUGACUUGUUCAGGCUCCUUUUCUAGCUCCCUUUUGCCCUGUGACUGUCCAGGAGCAGUGCAGUUGGUGUCUGACUGCAUACUCUGGCCUUGUGACUGGGCCUAAAGAAGUAGGAAGUGUUCACCUGCUUGACCUAGAGCUGAGAUAUGCCCCUAUUUGAGAUAAAGAAACGAAGUAACUGGUUUUAAGGAGUUCAUUUGUAACAAUUGUUCUCUAAAUCCUUCCAAGAAGUGCUGGAGUACGUUAAACACUUAAUGUAAGAGGAACUGCUGGAAAUAGCUGCUGCUUCCAAGUAUAAAGCUGUAACUUGCAGGCUCCUGCUCCAGGUCAAGUCUGUGCUUGAAGGACAGGAAGCUGAAGAAGAACAGAAAGCUACAGCUGAGUUCUUGAAGACAACUGACGCCACAGUCUCUGGGGUGCAGAACUGACUUGGGCUGGAGUCCUGCCACAUGUGCCACGUGCUGGGUCUCUUCAGCUGAGUGGAAACUGCUUAUGUGAAUGGACUAUUCAUAUUACCGUCAGGCCUGGAGGGCAUGCCUGCUUCUUCGUGUUACUUGAUUCAACAUGCAGCAUAAGGCCAGUUAGUAUAAGCCAAAAAUGAUAUCAUAACACCUAUUUUUCUAGCUGCUCCCUGCAUUCUUGAAGUAUAACUUUCAUAUAAGCAUGCUCUGCCUUGUAAGCAGCAGCCUAGUCCCAGUCCUGGGAGAAGAAAAAGCAAGUCUCAAAAGAACAUUCAUAAAUAAGACCUGGAAUUGUACGGAGGGAUGCUGUCUAUGUGGUGUAGCAUAUCUGCCCUUGGGGAGGGCACAGACAAGCUACCCUCAGGGUUAGCAGAGCUCUUUAACCCACCAACAUCAGAGCUACACCAAAAUUAGCAACUUAAGUUACAGUUGCUGUGACACGUCACAGCUGAAACAGCUCAGUUUGGUGUGUUACAGCUUGUUUCAUACCCCCAGGCAGAGGGAAAAGCUUUAGGUGGAUGAAAAUGUCUCAGUAGCUACUGCCUCUUGGAGGGGAGCCAGAGUGAUCUUAAACUGGCUACUCCACUUCAUGGCUACAGCCUGUUUCAAGGAAAGAAAAAGGUGGUUGCUGCAGUUCCCUAAACCCUUCUUGCUUUGUGAGUCUUCAUGUGCAGCACACACUCCUCAUGCACAUGUGAAAGAGGCAGGUAAAAGCAGCACACAGCCGAAGAGUCUUCGGUGCCUGUUGUGCUGACUUACCUUGACUGCCUGGUACACUAAGGACAGUAGCACUGUGAAUAACCCAUUCUUUAAAAAGGAGUUUAUGCCAAAUGUUUAAAUAAUUCAGGUAGCAGAGUAGGACUUCAAAAGUCCUCAGCCUUCCCCUUCCUAAAGGGAUCUACCCAAGAGAGAUACUGCAUUUCUGUGUGGUUACAAUAGUUAUGAGAAGUUAAGAACAGAAGUCAUAGCCUGGGAAUACUGAAAUCUAUUUCUUAGAUUUCUUUGGUCUUUGCUUUCAUUUUUUAAAGCUCAGUUGCAAUUUUUAAUACUGAAGUUAAGGCUUCAAGAGAAGCAGGAUUUUUUAGACCCACCUACAGCAAGAAGCUGGUGGCAGAAGGAGGCAUGCGUUUUGAGAGUUUACCUUUCAGAGUCAAACUAAGCAGUAAUUUUUAUAGUUAGUUACCUAAGCUGUACACGCGUAUCAAUUGUUCACCUAAGAACUUUGUAAUGUUGGUACAGAAAUUCACUGGAAUAAAGUUUGAUUCAGCUGA